CUUUCGAUUCCCGGUCCCCCACCUGAGAAGAAAAUUCCGCGCGGCACCGAUCUGUACUGCAAGGUUUUGGACAUGAAAGUGCACACCCUCCGGUCGAAGCAAGAGCUCUUUAGGGAGCUCGCUCGCCUUCGUUCAGCUGGGGAGCCGAGUGUUGUGAACACGUUUUCAUCAGAAGGCCUGGACAUUCACGUGGCGAAGUUUUACC